UAAUGGCUCCUCGUCGUCAAAUCCCAAUACUUAAAUAAAUCCUCCAUUUUUAGUUCAUCAUCUUCUUCAUCCCCUUUCUCUCUCUCUCUAGUUCAAUUCAAUAUGAGCUAAAACCCUGUUUGAAUUCAUAUUUCCAGAUUCAUUUUCACCCAACAACAAGGUGAUCUGUGCAAGAACAUUUUAGUUUUAAAACAUGGCCUUGGGAAAAUAUUCCCGGGUUGAUGGUAGGAAGUCAUCCAAUUACUGUUCUACUCUCACGGUUGUGGUAUUUGUUGCUGUUUGUCUGGCCGGAGUUUGGAUGUUGAUGUCAUCAUCUGUAGUUCCUAUUCAAGAUAUGGAAUUGUCUACAGAUGAGACAACAACAUCUGGGGUUGUUCAAGAUCUGAAUGGGAAGAAUUUUGAGGAUACUUCAGGUGAUAUAAACGCAGUUGAUAGAGAAACAAAUGUGGAAAGUCAAGAAUUGACCACUCAGGUCACUGAGACUACAGAAGAUAAGACUGAAAAUGAAAGUAAUCCGGAGAAAGAAGAAAACGAUGAAGUGAAAUCUGAAGAAUUGGAAUCCAAAUCGAACCUGUCUGAUGAUUCGAAUUCAGAAGAUGGAGGAGGUGAAGCAAAAUCUGAGGAGAAUACAGGGGAGACUGAUCAAACCACCACCAGCACCACCCCAGAUUCUGAGGUAGCAGAAAAUAAGGAUGAAAAUAGCAAUCAAGAAAACAUAGAAGACAACGGGCAAGAAAAGAAUUCAAAUGAAGUUUUCAAGGCUGCAUCCCAAUCUGAGAUUCUAAACGAAACCACCACUCAGAAUGGUCCUUGGUCAACUCAAGCUGCAGAAUCGGAGAAUGAGAAGCAAUCCCAGAAAACAACAUCUUUCAUUGAUUCAUCCAACUCUAAGUGGAAACUUUGUAAUGUGACAGCCGGACCAGAUUACAUCCCUUGCCUCGACAAUAUCAAAGCAAUUAGGAAACUUCCAAGCACAAACCAUUACGAGCACCGGGAGAGACAUUGCCCCGAUGAACCUCCAACUUGCCUUGUUCCUUUACCAGAAGGAUACAGAAAGUCAGUCAGUUGGCCCAAAAGCAGGGAACAGAUAUGGUAUUACAAUGUUCCUCAUACAAAACUUGCGGAGGUUAAAGGUCAUCAGAAUUGGGUAAAAGUUACCGGAGAUCACCUCACAUUUCCUGGCGGUGGGACUCAAUUUAAGAAUGGAGCUCUUCAUUACAUUGAUUUCCUCCAGAAUUCUUUUCCUGAAAUUGCAUGGGGAAAACAAACCCGUGUAAUAUUGGAUGUUGGAUGUGGAGUAGCCAGCUUUGGUGGCUUUCUGUUUGAAAGAGAUGUACUUGCUAUGUCUUUUGCUCCGAAAGAUGAACAUGAAGCCCAAGUGCAAUUCGCACUCGAAAGAGGUAUCCCAGCUAUAUCGGCAGUUAUGGGUACCAAGAGACUGCCCUACCCCAGUAAAGUUUUUGAUCUUAUCCAUUGCGCCCGAUGUAGAGUUCCCUGGCAUGUUGAAGGUGGCAAGCUUCUUUUGGAGUUAAAUCGGUUAUUGCGCCCGGGUGGAUUCUUUGUGUGGUCUGCUACUCCUGUUUACAGGAAAAACGAAGAAGAUUCUGGAAUUUGGAAAGCCAUGUCUAGAUUAACCAAGUCAAUGUGCUGGGAGUUAAUGGUGAUUAAAAAGGAUAAAUUGAAUGAAGUUGGGGCAGCAAUAUACAGGAAGCCAAUCACCAAUGACUGCUACGAGAAUAGGCCUAAAAAUGAUCCUCCAUUGUGCGACGAUGACACCCCUGAUGCUGCAUGGAAUGUGCCUCUCCAGGCAUGUAUUCAUAAGGUGGCUGUGUCUGCAUCAGAAAGAGGUUCAAAGUGGCCAGCGAAAUGGCCGAAAAGGUUGGAGAAAGCACCAUAUUGGUUGAAGAGCUCUCAAGUUGGAGUUUAUGGUAAACCUGCCCCAGAAGACUUCACCAAUGACUAUGAACAUUGGAAACAAAUUGUUUCCAGUUCGUAUACCAACAGUUUGGGAAUCAACUGGUCUUCUGUAAGGAAUGUCAUGGACAUGAAAGCUGUUUAUGGCGGGUUUGCAGCAGCCUUGAAAGAUAUGAAAGUAUGGGUUAUGAACAUAGUCCCAAUAAAUUCUCCAGACACGUUACCAAUAAUUUACGAGCGCGGUUUAAUUGGGAUGUACCAUGAUUGGUGUGAAUCAUUCAGUGCAUAUCCUAGAACUUAUGAUCUUAUUCAUGCAGAUAAUCUCUUCUCUGAUAUAAAGAAAAGGUGCAAUAUAAAAGCAGUGAUUGCAGAAGUUGACAGGAUAUUGAGACCCGAAGGGAGACUUAUAGUAAGAGACGACGUGGAUACAAUAGCCGAGGUUGAGAGCUUGGCUAAGUCAUUACAUUGGAAGAUACAAAUGACAUAUUCAAAAGAUGAAGAGGGGUUCUUGUGCGUUAAAAAGACAGUUUGGCGUCCUGUUGAGAUAGAGACCAUUAUGUCAGCAAUCGCGUAAGCGAACUGAAAUUUAUAGUAUAUAUAGACGCCUACCUAUUGUUUAAACUCUACGAAUUCGUAGGUUAAAAACAGGAAUAGGAUUUUUAUUGCCUUUUCGUCAAUUGUAUUGGUGCUAUUCAACAUUUUAGGUUUUCGAGAUUCCACUUGUCUUGGAACUAUAUUGGUAUUGUCCUCAAUUUUGAAUAUGGAAGUUCUUGUAAUGCAACAAAUUGUUCUUUAUAAUGUAUUUUGUCAAGGUUGGUGCA